UCUCACACGUCGUCGAGAUUCGAGUUUUGCCGUUUGACUUAUGUCUUUCCACCAAAUCCCGUCUAUUCCAGUAUCCUGACUUGUUCCUCAGGCGUACCUUUCAACACAACCGCCAGCGCGUCAACAUGGCGUGCUGCUGCCCUCAGUCCACAGUCGAGCGCGGCGAGGCCCUUCUCGCGUAUCUCGAUCAAAUGCUCCUUUCCCGAGCUCGUGCAACCCUGGAGCUGGAAGAAGUUUACGAGCUGUUAACAAACAUCGAUCUUUUGAAGCAAGACAUUCGGGAUCGGCGAUGGUGGGACGAGACCGACUCUGGGAUCUCAGAGGACGAUGAUUUUUUUCGAAGGCGACGCCGACCUGUCAGAUUCAGAGGACAUCACGACUCGGAAGGAGGACAGGAGAGCUCACAGGGGCUGACUCACGUCGAAGUGAGCACCCAGCUGGAAGAUUCAGAGGAGGACACUGGUUCGGACGAUUACAUCCAGCAGUCGGUGUCAGAGGGCAACCAUGGGCCCGGUCAAAGCGUCGCUGAGCGAGACGGAGAAGAGGAUCGUGGGCCUGCACAGAACAAUGGACCCGCAGACUCCGAUGAAGGCACUGACUCCGAUGAAGCAUUGGAAGAAACAGAUUCGCAAAACGAUCAAGGCUCGUUCGGAACGGUCAAGCACACACGCUUUGAAGACGAACCAUGCACCGCAUGUGUAAUCCUCUUUAAGCUCGAACCCCAUUGCUUUGCUCUGCGAAUCAGAGCGAUGGAACUCUCGCGCCCCUCGAUCCGGCCGCUCACAAUCUUCGACGUCCCGAACGAUCUACUCCUCCAGAUAUUCGAGUACUUCCAAGACUUCAGGGUAAGCAGCAAGGCUGAUUUCUGGUUGAAUUCUUUCAUACCUCGUUGGCAGGGUGAAGAUUUCAGCCCGGUGGAAGUCCAGAAACAUCGGAGAACUAUUCCAAGCCUUCGCCUGGUUUGUCGUUUGUUUAACGAACUGUCAUCGUCACUACUAUGCCCAAUUCUCUUCGUGAAUUUAGACCAGGCGUCGCUGGAUAGAGCCAUUCAGCUAUCAGGUUGUCCUCUCGUGGCAGCGGGCUUCCGAGCUGUCCGGGUCGGGCUUAGAUUUCGCAUCAGAGACCACGAGAAGAGCCUUCAGGAAUCCGCGUCACAUCAUCAAGGUGAACUGGAAGACUAACUUGAUCAAUGGAUAGACCGGUUGGAGACAUUAACGGGGCAAGGAAUGGUCUACCACGACGAUGGCGAGCACAAAGCCCCCUCGGAUGCGCUUGAGACGAUCAAAUACAAUUAUCAUCACAUGCUGCACGCGA